AUGGUGGGGAGCAAGGCAGGGAAGGCACAGAUCAUGCAAGUGGACGUCACCUGUGAGUUCGUUGCUCCCAUUCUGCAAAUAUCCUGCAGAGAAAUCACUUUCCGGGUGGAGAAGCAACCCAGUGAUGUCCUAACUCUUCAGUACCAGCCUCUUUCAUUAAAAAACAUGUCCUCCCUGCCGCUCAGCGUUGUCCUGGCCUUGGAGCAACCCUUCGUGAUCUGCGAUGCGGACCGGCAGCCCCUCCCCGCAGAUGUUCAGCCCAUGAAGCUGGAGAUAGGAGAGGAACUUCAUCUCUCCAUCAGAUUUAACCCUGCUUAUGAAGAGGGUUUGAAUAUCUGGGUAGCAGAGAAGGCUCUGAAGAUAUGCUUUCUUGAGCACCCUCAGGAGGAGCAGGUCACCGUUCGGGGAGAAGUCUACUUCCCCAAUCUCCAUUUCCCGACCAUGGCCGUGGACUUUGGGUGCCUCUUGAAUGACACCGAAGCUGCUUUGCUGGACCUGAGCCUGCAGGUGCUCAUUCUUCCAGUGGACGUAGAGUCACUCAGCUCUGCUGAGUUGGUAGCCGUUGAGGGUCCGGACCAUCUGGCGGGAUAG